CCUCCGCCGGAGCUGCCUUCCUGGAUCGCCGCUCUCCCUUCGCACCUGCCCGUUCCUUUCUAGCCGGGGCGCCGCCGGGUUUGCGCUCCGCGCACAGCGCGCUUCCCCGCCCGCCGUCGGCUUGCGCGCCCGCGGCAGAAAUGGCAAAGUGGUUUUCCAUGUGAGCUAUCUACAUGCACGCUUGGCAGUGAACCAAGAGCACACCCUCCCCUUCUGGAAGACGUCCGAGCUUUCUGUGGAAGGCUGGGAUGCCGAGAAACAUGAUGUCGGACUUUUCGGGAAUGGUGUGCGAAAUGCCUUCUGCCGUUGAGUUCGGGAGCUUUGAGAAAAAACAUCGCUUGGAAAAUGGAAAGAGUCGCCCGAGGCGAAGAGGUUCGACUUUGGAGGAGGAUGAGACACUGAAAUAUCUGACUCAUGAGGAGAAAGAUGUCCUUCUCUUCUUUGAAGAAACCAUUGAUUCUUUGGAAGAAGACCUGGAGGAACAAGCUCUCUAUGACAGUGGCAUCCACUGUUAUUCUCCGAAGUCAAUGGAAGAAAACAUGUCCAGCCUCUCAGAGUCUGAAGACAUCAUAGACUUGGUCCAACCAUCACCAAAGAAUGCCAUUCAAGAGAGUGCUCCCAGCAGAACAGCAGAGGAGGCCUGGAAAUUGGAUAAACUCAAACAGGAAGAUAUUGAGCCACCUGAUGAAGGCAUCCAUUCUGAUGCUCCCGCCCCUCAGUCUGUGCAACCAUCAGCCCCUCCGUUGCCGAUCUACGAGGCAUUUUCUGCUCCAUCCCCAGUGCAGCAUCCCAAACUGCUCCGCUCUGUCCCCACUCCGCUUGUUAUCGCUCAGAAAAUAUCUGAGAAGCAGGCCGAGGGGAGCUCCUUCUCUCUGGGUUCGCCAAAGGAAAAUAAGUCCACUGACAGAAGAAGCGGAUCGCCUGCUUCUUCACCACUGCGCAACGGUGAGUGUUUGACUGCCUUCAAGCCAUCUGUACCACCCCUGACUGCUCCUAAACCCCAAAGGUUUCCGAGCAACAUCAGCAUUACGAAUAUUGGUGAGAAGGAGUUCAGCAAAACAAUCUCUCAGGCCGCGGUCAACAUCCAAGAGCGCAAGGCUCGUGUGUUGGCCAACGUCAACGGUUCGCCCUUUCUCAUAAGCGAGCUGGAAGAGAGACUUCAGAAGCACCAACUGUUGAGUCAUAACAGGAGCUCGUCGUUACGAGAUCUUCCCUCUGAACAGGCAAGGCAUGAAGCCUUGAGUAGACUUGGCCUAGUGGAAGAGACCCUUGGCCAAGCCCAACCAGCCCAUCCCCUAAAUAGGCCCACUUCAAAAGAUGAGACCUCAGAAGGCGGGCUGGUUGUCUCAAAUGGUUACCGCAACAUCCACGAAAUUUUGAAAAGAGAAUCCAGUCCCUUCCCUAGUGUGAGCAAAACGGUGACAUUCAAACAGGGCACUGACAUUGUGGACGGUAAGACCGCUCAGCAGAGUGGCCCCAAGAACUUUUAUGAACACCGACAGCCAGACUUCAGCCUGGAUAUGAGGAGGAGAGCAGGUUCAUUGCCCAGGCCUUCUGGACUAAGGCCCCAGGGGAUAACAGUACAGUUCUCCGGCCGAGGGUCAACAGAAGAAGCUCGGAGGGAGGCCCUGCGGAAGCUUGGACUGCUCAAAAAGUAACUAGGGGAUACUAUCGCUACACCCAGUAAGAGUUUGAUCUGAACAGCUUGAGAUGAAGGACAUAUCGAAUAUCACAAUGUCACAAAGACACUCCUGCUAGUACUUUGACCUGGAUUUCCUCGUGAUGUUCAGACAGUCGGCUUUUUCAAGCCCUCUGUUGGAUUUCAAAAGCAGGCAAUGUAUUCCUAAGAAGCCUGGCUGCCAUGGAAGGUAUUCUGUUAAAUGAAGUAUAAUUGUGCAGCACUUGUGUAAAUAUGUAGCUGACCAAUCUACCUUGAGUGCAAUGGCUUUUCCCCCGAACUCAUACAAAGACCCAAAGAAACGGUACUAAUGAAUUAUACGGGAGAAAUGUAUAUAUAUAUGUAGACACAUAUUGCAAAGGUCAAAUGUAUAAUAAAGCUGCUGUUUCCAAUUGUCAUGAAAUCUAUCUACACACAUACCACACACAGGUACAGAGUAGCCCCCCCCCAAGAUGUAAGUGAUGGGCGUACAGUCCUCAUUUUCUUGAAGCAUAGUAAUUAUUACAGAAUAGUUGUCAAAAUGUGUCUAUGAAGAAAACCUGUGAGGAAGCUGCUUUUAGGGGCUAGCUUUCUUUCCUGUGGUGCUCUGCAAGUCACACUGCAGGGAUCUAGAGAACAGCCUCUCAUGAUGUAAUAUCUUCCAGGUAUCUUGAAUUUCAGUUUCCAUCGGCUCCUGUUGACCUGGGCAGUGAUCUGGAAUAGAGAUGGGCAUGAACCAGUUCGUUCCAGCUCAUCUUGAUUCGUCUAGGUGGGUAGCCCAGGUGUUGUGGCUCCUCUUCCCCACCUCCUCAGCCAAUCAGGCCCAUCUUGCUUGUUUUUUUUCCAUUUCCUUAGCUAUUCUCCCAGUCAGCAGCAAGAGCACCGACCUCUCUGCCCCACCCCUUUUUUUCUGAUUGGGAGAUCAGCCGAGAGGGCGGGGCAGAGAAGCCUGAGCUGCUGCCAAGACUGGACGAUCAGUUGAGGAGGUGCAGGAAGCGACCACGCUGGACCUGGUGAAUGGCUGAUUGAGCCAGGGGAAGAAGG